GCUGCCUCCCCCGCCUCCCCGGAGCCGCGACCGCCGCGAGAGGUCCAGAUCCCGCUCCCGCAGCCCGCCCCGGCGCGACCACAGGGACCGCGACCGUGAACGUGACCGUGACAGGCGCCACGACGAGCACGCGUCGUCCAAGGCGGCGGCUUCCCACCGCCAUCCUGCUCCGGCCGCCGCCGCCGUACCCGAUGAUCCGUCCACCGAGGCGUACCGCCGCCGCCACGAGAUCACCGUCACGGGGGAUAACGUGCCGCCUCCCAUAACUUCAUUUGAGGCUGGUGGCUUUCCGUCAGAAAUUCUCAAGGAGAUGCGAUAUCUGCUCCGAGGUGGAGCUAAUGUCGUAUGCUGCUUCGCGCGCCCUCUGGCCAAUAGUGCGACGGGCUGAGGGCCGGUCUCGUUGAUGGAGCUGCCAAGGGUGGGUGAACGCCCGAGGCUGCUCGCUCCCUUCCCGGGGGGCUGCCCAUGGCGCGAAGGGGCACCCACUCGCGGCACCCACGGUGGCCAAUUCGUUGCUCUGCGUGCAGUUCUUGGAAAAGGCUCCUCGCAUGGAUGAUGGGCCUCUUCUGGGGCUUGACCCAUGGAGGUCUGGCCCAGGCUGUCAGCAUCCAUCCAUUCGUAGGAUUGGAUGGCAGCUGCUGGAAGGGGCCUCGUGGAUGAACAAUCCAUGGCCGAGCGAGCCUCCAGGGACUCUGUUAGAGCCUUUUCUACUUCGCCUUGUGUCCGCAAGUCUACGCAUUGCGGUCACACUUUAUUUAUACAACGUGCUGGAUUUGCAAGCCCAACACCUAUCCAAGCCCAGUCAUGGCCAAUUGCCAUGCAGAGUCAAGAUGUAGUAGCUAUCGCGAAGACUGGAUCUGGGAAAACUCUUGGAUAUCUACUUCCUGGAUUUAUGCAUAUUAAACGCCUGCAGAACAGCACAAGGAAUGGCCCGACAGUGCUAGUUUUAGCACCAACAAGGGAACUUGCAACACAGAUUCUGGAUGAAGCUGUGAAAUUUGGGAGAUCAGCGAGAAUUUCUUGCACGUGCCUGUAUGGUGGUGCUCCUAAAGGUCCUCAGUUGAGAGAUUUAGAUAGAGGAGUUGAUGUUGUUGUUGCAACACCUGGAAGGUUAAAUGACAUUCUAGAGAUGCGAAGGGUAAGCCUUAAGCAAGUGUCGUAUCUUGUUCUGGAUGAGGCUGACCGUAUGUUGGACAUGGGUUUUGAACCACAAAUACGGAAGAUAGUGAAAGAGAUACCUCACAGUCGUCAAACCCUUAUGUACACUGCUACUUGGCCAAAGGAAGUCCGAAGGAUUGCAGAUGAUCUUCUUGUUCACCCUGUCCAGGUGACAAUUGGAAGUGUUGAUGAACUUGUUGCUAACAGUGCUAUUACUCAGCAUGUGGAGGUGAUAACUCCAUCAGAAAAGCUUCGACGUCUGGAACAAAUAUUGCGAUCCCAGGAUUCAGGUUCAAAAGUAUUAAUAUUUUGUACUACGAAGAGGAUGUGCGACCAACUUGCAAGGACGCUCACCAGACAGUUUAGUGCUUCGGCCAUUCAUGGUGACAAGUCCCAAAGCGAAAGAGAGAAGGUUCUGAAUCACUUUCGAUCUGGACGGUCUCCUAUUUUGGUUGCAACAGAUGUUGCUGCCCGAGGUUUGGACAUCAAAGAUAUCAGGGUUGUGAUCAACUAUGACUUCCCCACUGGUAUUGAAGACUAUGUUCAUAGGAUUGGCAGGACAGGAAGGGCUGGAGCAACUGGUGUAGCAUAUACAUUUUUCUGUGAUCAGGACUCAAAAUAUGCUUCUGACCUUAUCAAAAUUCUGGAAGGGGCAAACCAAAAGGUACCCCGUGAUUUAGAGGACAUGGCUUCUCGCGGUGGUGGGCGAGGUAGGAAGAGGAACCGUUGGGCAUCACGCUCUGACUGGGGUAGUUCUCGUUCCGAACUGGAUUCUAGGUACAGUGGCAGAGAUGCUUCUGGGAGAUCACCACGUGGCAGCCGUGGAAGGGAUGAUCAUGGUGGCCGUGGCAGGUAUGAUGCUGAAACCGAUGGGCGAUCUCACAGGUCCGCUAGGGGUCGCAGUAGAAGCCGUAGCAGAAGUGACAGUAGAAGCCGCAGCCCAAGUCCUAAAAGGUCACGGCGUCAUGAGGCUACCCGUAGCAGGACCAAGAGUCAUAGCCGAAGCAGGACAAAGAGUCGGAGCAGAAGCAGGAGCAGGAGCUAUACUAGAAACCGCCAUGCUAGCCGCAGCAGGAGCCGUAGCCCUGUUGCUAGCCGUAGGCAUGAGAAAACAGCCACUGUCUCUGGGUCUGCUCGGCCCAACUCAGGGCACACAGAGCACAAAAGCCCUCCAAGGUCGCAUUCUGGGAAUGACCAUACGAACCACUCUGACCACAAGGAUGACCAUCACAUGGAAGAUGGGAAGAUGGAAAAGGUUGAUCUUGAUCGCUCACCCAGCCCACAAGAUGACAAAUCUGCUCCAUAUAGUCCUGUGUACAAUGGCAAAGCCAGUGGUUCGAUGAGCCCCAACGGUCAGCCAGUGGUUGAUGCUGAAUCUGUUGAUGCUUCAGAAAAACCUGACCCUACAUCUCCUGUGCGCAACAGCAAGAGCAGAGAUGAUGAAGAGGAAGGUAUCAUAGAUGAGGAUGGAGAGAUAGCUGAGGAUGAUCCUCGAUCAAAUGCUGCAGCUACACAGAAUGGUGAUAACUGACUGUGUUCGAUAUAUAAUGGCUGUGUGGCUCCCUGCAUCUGCUUGUGACAACCAGAUUAUCUCUUUUAUGCAAGCUGAUCAUAUCACCAAGUUGAGUAUGCGGAUAUGCAUUUGUAUCUCAUUAAAACAUCAUUUCUUUUGUGGUUGUGGAGCAUACUGUGGUGAUACCUGUGUUGUUUGUGAACCAAAACCAGAAAUCUAUGUCAUGUUAUGUUUGUUAUUAUAGUUAGUUUGUCGCUGAAA